AUGAAACGUCUUCUGCAAUUGUUAGCCGGCCUGUGCUGUGUGUUUACAAUUAGUGCGCACCCUCUGGUAGCUGGCGCUGGAGGAGGAGCUGAUCUGUUUGAUGGUGGCGGCGGAGGGUUUAGCAGCCUGCAGCAAGUGCCUGUGGUAGGAAACGUGGCGAGUGUGCAACAAGUGCCUGUGCUGCUUCAACAACAACAGCAGCAACCCAUUGCUGGCUUGGGUGGCGCAGGGGGUCUUGUUGGUGGCAUAGGUGGAGCGGCAGGAUUCGGUGGUGGUUUCAAGCGUUAUCACGAGAGCUAUCGAGUGAGAGCGCGCGGCUUUGGCGGUGGUUUUAGCCACGGCCUUGGUGCUCUCGGCGGCGGAGGAUUUCGAGCUCGCUAUGACAAAAAAGUGGGCGGCGGAUUUGCUGGUUUUGGAGCCGCCGGUGGUGCCGGCUUGCUCGGAGGUGCGGGAGUUCUGGGCUAA